CUUUAUAACACAAGUAUGACAGCAAGAACGAGAAAAGCUUCCGCUAUGACGAGGAGGAAGUGUGGGCCCUGUCUUUGGUCCAUGUUCAUGUUCGCAGUUUUAUUGCGCCCGGUAUCUGCGAAACCUGGACUGUGCGAAGUGGAGACAGGGCAGUCGAAUAUUAUCGUAGACAUCGAAGAGAGUCGAGGAACCCAGGUCAGUCAGAGCACAAGUCCUGCAGAGUUACCUAUAGUGGGCGACCCCUUCAAAGAUGUAAUUCUGGAUCUGGUGUUUCCCAGAGACAAGCCCGUGUUUAUUCUCAACGGCAAGAAGCUGCAACUGCUGGAACCAUUGGACCGAGACGAGGACAAUCUGUCUCACAUCGUUUUCCAGCUUACGUGCACGGUGAAGUCUACCAAUAAGAAGAGGUCUAUUCCCGUUAUAGUAAGAGUGUCUGACAUCAACGACAACUCUCCUAACUUCCAGAAUACUCCAUACGAGACGACAGUUUCUGAGCUGACGCCCGUGGGAACCACCAUCUUCCAGGGCGUUCACGCAGAGGAUGUUGAUGCAGGCGUGAACGGACUGGUGGAGUACUUUAUUGUGCCUGGUGACGGCAAAGGGCUGGGCACUGAUGAUGGCGUGGGACGAAACCGGAUCAACGUUGCAGACGGCGUCGGAUACUUCUCGAUCAAUCUGCCACACCAGGGUCAGGUGACCGUCAACAGGAGUCUUGAUUUCGAGCGAACACAGCGCUACUUGGUCACCAUCGUAGCCUCGGAUCGUGCCAGGAAUGUGUCAGAACGAUUCUCAACAACCACCACAUUAACAGUGAACGUCCGUGAUGAUGAUGAUCAAAACCCAUCUUUCAUAUACCAAGGAUGCAUGUACCAUGAAGGAUCUUGCAUCAAUCCAGAAUAUUCAACAUCGGUAUCAAGUGGAAAACUGGCUGGAAUUCUCAAUAUUUCACCAGAGAAGAUUCAAGCAAUUGAUAUGGACUCCAUAAAUGCACCAAUCAAGUACAGCUUUUUGAGUGGCACACCAUCCUCAUACAAAGAUUAUUUCGAGAUUGACGAACAGACAGGAGCGGUCCGGCAGAUAAGAGCAGUUGAUACAAGCAUCACAAAGAAGUUUGAAAUAAUUGUGAAGGCUGAAGAAGCAAGUGAGCAGAAAAGAUCUGCAACAGCUAAAUUGUUCGUCACUGUAAAACCUGUAGACAGCAACCCUCCUGUGAUCAAUGCAUCAGCCACUGAAGGUUUUGCGGAUGAGAAUGCUCCAGUCGGAACAAAAGUCGUUGAUAAGAAUGGAAAUCCAAUCAGAUUGACAGUCAGUGAUGAAGACUUGGGACCAGAAGAUCCAAAGCCUUCCUAUUCAUUUGAAAUGACAACUUCUUUCUUCACAAUUGAUAACGAUGGUUACCUCGUAGUAAAUGUAGAAAAUCUUGACAGAGAUCCGCCUAGUCCAGGGACAUUCCGAUUUCAGAUUGUUGCCAGAGAAAAGACAGGAAAUGCUGCUAGCGCUCCACUCUCUAUGUCCGUCUCCCUCAACGAUGUGAAUGACAAUGCACCAAAAUUACCCAUGAUACCACCUCUAACAGUACAAGCAGGAGAAACCAAGCAGCCUGUGAUUAAGAUGGACGCCACUGAUGCUGACUUAGGUGAAAAUGCUGAGAUUACAUACAGUAUUUACCAUGUUUCAAACAAUGGAAGACAGAAAUUUAAAAUAGAUCCCAAAACUGGUGUGAUUGAAACCACUGGGAAGUUAAAUGCUGGAGAACAGUACAGCAUAACAGUUCAGGCUACUGACAGUGGUGGAAAGUACUCUCAGACGAUUGUAGAGGUGACAGUAGUACCUGGUCCCAAUACUAGAAGUCCUGUGUUCGAGAGUCCAGUAUAUGAAGUGCAAGUCAGUGAAGGAGCAUCCAUCAAUUCAACAGUAACAACUAUCGCUGCUGUAGAUCCAGAAAAUGAUCCUGUUACAUAUUCAAUUAUGUCUGGGAAUGAUCUCAGGCAGUUUGCAAUUGGUGAUAAAACAGGGGUCAUUACCGUCAUCAGAAAAUUGGACCGAGAGGACCUGACAAGAUACGAGUUGGUAAUAAAAGCAGAAGAUACCGGUGGCUUGUCCAGUACUGCAACAGUUAAUAUCAAAGUAACAGAUAUUAAUGACAAGAACCCAGAAUUCACGGAUCUUCCAUAUUUAUUCCGAGUCCGUGAAGGUGAAGCGAACAAGAAGGUUGGCAGUGUGCAUGCUAUAGAUGCUGAUGAGGGACAGAAUGCUGUCAUAUACUACUCAGUUCCUGAAGACGUUCCAUUUAGUAUUGAUGCCAUGACUGGUGAAAUACGAACUAAAAUGGCACUUGAUUAUGAAAAACACAGGGAAUAUCGGUUUGUGGUAACAGCUAAAGAUGGAGCCCCUGAUCCUCGUAUUGCAACUGCUACUGUAACUGUUGAGGUAGUUGAUGUGGAUGAUGAGCUGCCAAUUUUCCACUUGAUAAGUUAUGAAGCGCAGGUCCCAGAAAAUAUGCCAGAUUAUAUGGUGACACAAGUAAAGGCUGAUGAUCCAGAUACCAAUCAAAAGAUAACAUAUGUCAUCAAACAGGGAUCUACGGAGCUGUUUUCCAUUGAUCCUAAAACUGGUAUCAUUACUACUAUUAGAGGACUGGACUUUGAGAAAGAGAGUCAGUAUAUUUUGGUGGUUGGGACCCUGGAGAACCCGGGGACAGGACCAGGGGCAACAACAAGGGUCAUCAUUAAUGUCGUGGAUCGUAAUGACAUUCCUCCUGUUUUUACGGCUGUCCCUCGUCCGGUCACACUGAAUGAUGAUGUACCUAUUGGAACAAUUGUUACUACGUUGAUAGCAACUGAUUCUGAUGGGACAUCUCCUGGGAACAAGGUGCGUUAUGAGCUCAUUGGUCGCGGGAAGGCCCAGAAGUAUUUUCAGAUUGAUUCUGAUACUGGUGUUAUUCAAGUGAGAGAUGAUCUUCGGAAGGAAACAAGCACAGAAUAUGAGAUUGCUGUUAAGGCUUAUGAUCUUGGAGAACCACAGCUGUCAUCUGUCACUUCAGUACACGUGUAUGUGCACCAUGUGGCUACAGUUCCACCAGCCCAAGGCAUUGGUUUUGCAGAUAAUUAUUAUACUGUUGAAGUACGAGAGAAUGCAACUGCUGACACACUCAUUAAAACAUUGACCGUUAUAAAUAACAGAGCACACGAAGACAUCAUACCGUUAAAAUGUGACAUCGUUCAAGGAAAUGAAGAAGGUUUAUUUUAUACGAGUAUCACAGAAGAUCGUAACUGUGACUUGUGGCUGAAAUCAGCAGACCUUGAUCAUGAGAAGAAAAGUGAAUAUCAGCUUCAGGUGAAACUGGAUACAUUAUCAGGACUUGUCAAUCCCUCAAAGAGUAUUUCAACAGUUAAAGUCAAUGUUGUGGAUGUGAAUGACAACAGACCGCAUUUUAUCUUCCCUAAUGCAAAAUUUAAUGGAAAAUAUUUUGGAGCAAUAUCAGUGGAUUCACAGAUUGGGACAAUUGUGCUUCAAGUGAAGGCCGAAGAUGCUGAUAGUGGUAAAUAUGGUCAGUUAGUUUACCAUAUUAUACCAAACAACAGUUUCUUUAAAAUUGAUGAAACAUCAGGUAUUAUCACAACAACAAAUACUUUCAGCAGUAUGGAUCUUAAUCAGCUGCCUUUCAGAUUUAACGUUCAAGUCAUGGAUAAUCCAAAUUCUUCAUAUGACUCAUUCACUGCAGAAGCACCAGUUGUGGUCAACUUGAUAUCAGAUCAAAAUCGCUUGAUUCUAGUCAUUGAUGAUGCAAAUCCAAAAUCGAUUCAGCUUGGGACAAGUAAAUUAGUAGAUAUUAUGGAGGAUGAUACAAAUUUAGUUAUUGGUAUUGAAAAAGUUGCAGUUAAACAGUAUCUUGGAGACAAUGGUACUAUUGAACAAGGUCAUUCUGGAACUGAUGUUUGGUUCUAUGCAAUUGAUCCAGAAACAGAAAAGAUCCUUGAUAGGAAUUCUACAAAAGUCCUUAGGUCUGUCCUAAGUAAGGAUGCCGUCUCGAAAAUCACAGUAGAUGUGACAGGAAAUCUCAAUGCUACUGCUUCGGGCAUUCACCCACCUUUAACAGUGCCAAAGAUAGUUACGGCCAUUGCAGUUUCAUGGGAGGUUUUCCCAUAUGCACUCAUAGUCAUUGCUUGUAUCAUUCUUGUGCUAGGCAUAGUAGGCAUUAUUUACAUCUGCAUAUCGUGGUCAAGGUACAAAGCCUACAAAGAAAGAAUGCAACGAAUGUAUGUUGUUCCACAUUAUGAUCCUGUCUUUGUUGAGCCUAAUCUCAAAGAAUAUGAGACACAGGUUCUUCAGAUGAGUGUGCCACUUGAUGAUAGUGACAGUUACAAUGAUUUGCAGCUGGACUUCAGCAGUAAAAAUCAUGCUUUUAGUUUGGAUAAUGUCAGCUACAUUACUAAGGAGAAUGGUGACAGCAUUGGUCAGCAAAGCCCAGUAAGUUCUGAUGCAGCAACAACUGCUCGGGCUUCCAGCAUCGCAGGUGGAGUUGAUAUGGGUCGAGGUAACUCAAGAGGUGAAAGUGACCACAAUAAUCUAAUGGGACAUGAUUCACCUCUCAUGCCUGUAACAAAUCCAAUGUAUCAGAGGUCCUCAGAAGAGGAUAUUGGUCAUAUGAAUGCAAGUGCCACCAACGAAAAUGUAACAUUCAGAGAAAAGAAAGAUUACUCUCACCUUGGAUUUACUUAUCUAGGUGACAGGUCCCCUGUGGAAACAACCACAGAACUCUGAGUUCCAGCCAAAUCUUUUAUAUACAGCAUCUCUAUCAUCAAAUAAGGACCACAAAGUGUUAUACUAUCAUAAAUUAUAUAAGUAACAAGUGUGGCAUUAUGAUUGUAAUUGGUUCAUUACACAGAAUGAAACCUCAGGCUUUCAAUUGUACAGUGUUUUUACAAGGAUAAGUAAGUUUCAAAAUUUGAAACUGUUAAAGUUGGUUUUACAACACACAAAUGUAAUGUGACAGAUAAAAUAUGUAAGUAAAAAUCUGCCAUCUUCAUAUGCCAAACAGUUUUGGUUAUCAUAAAUGUGUUGUAAAUUAAGGUUAAAAUCUGAUGGAUCUUAACAGAAGCAGUGAUCAUCUAUUUUAUUAAAACUCUGGGGGUCUAAGAAUCAUAGAACACAUUUGUUCUCUAUUUUGGAAGUUUUGAACAGCCACCAAUUACACAUGGUCACAUUUGAGGACUGAAAUAAAGAUUGAAAGUCUUGAAUAAUUUACAAUCAACCAAAUAUUUUUUCUAUGAAAAGGUAUGUGCAAUUGUAAUAACUGCUGUCUCUUGGCAGUAAGCUCAAAUACUCAAUGAAAAAUAUACUUAUUAACUGUGUUUAUGUAUUGUGUCAUACUGCGCUGUUGUAUCUCUGGUUUCUGAUUUCACAAUGAAUGUAUGCCCUUUCUGUGACUUGUAUGAAACUGUACAAUGAAGCAGAAUAGGGAAUUACAGUGACAGUUGUAAAAAUGACUGUGAUUUCAGUAUGUUCUCAUUAUACUGAAAUGAUUUACAGUGAAUUUUGUUAAAUAGAUCUCUAUAGAAAUUAAUAUUAUAUGACAACUGGCUCAUUGCUAGGACAAAAAUGUGCAUAGGCACAGGUAUUUUAUUAAAUACGAUACAAUACAAUCUUACAGUCAGAAUUAUUGAAUAAUAAUGGGAAGUUAUAUGUAUGCAAGAUUUUUAACAGUAUGUUGAAAUAUUAUUUUAAAAUGAUAUUAACAUAAUGAAUCUUAUUUUUUGAAUUAGAAAAUAUUGUAUUUUAUCCUAAUGUGAACUGCAUUUUGUCAUCACUUUUAGUACCUAUAUAAAAUUGUAAAAGUGACAAAUGAUUCACUCAGACUGCUUCAGUUGAAUUUAAAUAGUAUGUGGGUUACUUAACUGUAGUGUCCAAAUAAGACAUUGUGUAUGGGCUAAACUUUAUCGGUCAUGUUUAUGUAGAAAACCAGAAACUGCGUACAGUGACAAUCUAUAAUCAGUGAUUAAUUUUUCUAACUGGCUUUACUGUUUUAUCAAAGAAACUUUGGCUUCUGUAUAAUAAAAAAAUACAAAGAAGAUUUUAUUUUUUUUAUAAAAAUUGCACCAUCAUAAAAAUCAUAACUUUUGAACAGUUUCUUUAAUGUUCUUGCUACAUUCAAAAGAAAGAAAUUUUCAGUUAAGCCAGUGAGAUGGAUGCCAGUCUAUUAGCCAGAGGUCAUGCAAUAUUAGACAUAUUCUGAUUACCGAGAAAGUUCACAGAACUCUAGCAAGUAACAGCUUGUAACAAGAUGCUAAAAUCCACCUAUAGUUAUAGUCAUAAGUGGUGUUUGAUUUGGAAUGAAAGUUGACGCAGACUAAAAUUAUUAAAUUAUGUCCAAUCUGUCUGUAAAGCUGAUACAUGCUUCUUUGUACUUGUCAUACAGUCUGCACACUCUGAAGUCAGAAGGUAAGAUGGAUCAUAAGUGGCGACAGUUACACACAUAAUUGUAAUUUACUGUCACUUGAUUUUUCAGAGGCAGAACCAUGCACAUGUCAUAGGAUUUGCCUUCAUGUUGUUUAAAUUCUUUCUGUCCCCCACAAACAUUGUCUUACCCUCAGACUUAAGACUGUUCAGACAAAGUGACAACAAAGAAGGAGUCAAUUUUUUAUCAUCUUACACCUGGGAUGUAUGACUGCACAAGCAAGGAUGAGCAUGUAUGGAUAACUGAACAGGCAAGUAGUGUGUCAAGUAUUCAGCACCUUUUUUGUAAAUCUUUUUAAAAUGUGCUGAUAGUGCCAACGAAUCUUCCAUGUAUUUAAAUCUUAAGACUAGGAAUAAACAUAGUAUAUGGUUGUUGGCAGGGCUUGAUCUAUAUAAAGAAAUUAACGGCAGAAUGCCACAUUAUGAAAAUUCAAUACUCAAAAAUAUAAUGAGGUAGUAAAUAGACUUUGAGUCUCUUUGUAUCAGUUUUCUUUUUAGAUUCUGAUGAUUUUAUAGGAACUGUAAGUACACACCAUUUCUUUUGGUAUUAAGCCCUGCGUGUGUUUUAUGUAUGAAGAAUAUGCACUGAGCUCAGUUAGACAAGUUCCCAGACAAAAGAAUUACACCACAAAGCAUUAUUCUAAUAUGUCCUCAGUUUUAAAUUAUGUUAUAAUAAAUAUUUUUUAAAUUAUGUGGUUGCAUUCAUUAAAGUUUUCCCCUACAAUAUCAACACCAAAUCUUCCAAAAUAGGCAGCAUACAACCGAUAAUCAUCCUCUACAAAAACUGAAGCUAAAUCCGUUGGAAAUGAGAUUCUAAAUGUAGAUAGAUUUCAAGAAGUGUAUAUUAAUGCACCUUUAAAAAUGUUAUUUGCUGAGAUUAUUUUAAUUGGAAGGUUCAGACUUCUUGUAAGGAACAACUUGUUAGUGGUGGAAUUUAAACAUGCAGUGAAUACAGUUCAUAUUCUGCACUGGUAACUCUCACUUGUAUAAAAUGUAUAUAGUCUGGUAUUUUAGAAACCUGUCUUACUGUUCUCAGUGUCACUUAAUGUUAUUUUAAAAUUAGGGUUGUAGUUCUUUACUUUGUAUUUUGCAUUUACUGCAGUAGUUGCAGUCGAGUGUGUAUAUAUGUUAAUAUUGAAUAAAUAAUAAUGAAACACAUUGGCAUAUGCAGCUCUGUUAUGAGAUACACAUUCAACUUUUAAGAGAGCUGUGUUUUGCGGUUAAGAUGUGUAAUAUUUAAUUUCAUAAUCAAAACCAAUUUUAUUAUAGUCUUCAUGUGAAACAAGUUGAAUUAAAUAUUUAAAUUUAUUUCAGAUGAAAAUUUGGAGAAUUGCCUGUCCAGAUAUAUUUUCAGCAUUUUGAUUAUUGUCAAUGAAGUUUAAGGAAAGUAACAUAUUUCUUGAUUUUCUGUAUAUAUUUGUCAUUUAAGGGUAUCAGAUGUUAACAAACCUUUACUGUGAAGUUGUGUUGAAGCUUUUAUUUCAGUUAAGACUGUAUAAAGCAUUAUUUGUAAUGUAGUGUACAUAUAAAGAUGAACACUGAUACAUCUUGACUAUUAUAUUUCUUAAAGUAGUAAUAAUCUUCAUGUGUAGUUCUGUUACUUUGUGUGAAAUGAGGAACUGGAGUGCAGUGAAGUUUUUGUUUCGUGUGAUGAAUAGCUUAUGUAAUUGCUGUAAUGAACCAGAACAAUUAGAGCAAUGUGAAGUGAAUAAAUGUGAUUCUGUAUCAUUGGACUUUUAUCAAGAGAUAAGUGUACUGUCUGACAUUGUUUUAUUAAAAUUAAAUUAUUGAUGGAUUUGGA